AUGAGGUAUAUCUUUUUCCUAUUACUGCUGCUGUACAUACCAGCGAGUGAUUCCAAAGGCACCCAAACACGCUACAAACGGCGGAAACUGCAAAGUCAUGGAGGUGUCCGAGGGCAGAACAAUGAUGUGAGGAUACUCAACUCGGGUAACAACAUCUUCAAUAUGAGAAGAGAACCAUACAAAGAUCCAUUUGCUGGUGAACCAAGGUACUCUGGGGUCAUGGAGAUCACCUUUUAUCAAGCCCGCAUGAUGGCGAAACCAAAAGUUGCUGGGACAAUGGGGGAUACUACGAGCAGCACGACUGCUGCAGCAGGCCAAGACGACCUACCGAUACUUGACAUUACGCUGCCAACCAAGGCGUUGAUGAUCAGGAAAAUGGGAAUGAGACCAAACAAGGGGUAUGCAUCGCCCACCAGGGCACCUUCCGUGUCUCAAGAAGAUUCGGAAGAGGAACUACUACCGCCAUUUGAGAUUGUAGAAGAAUCAUUGGAUGAACUGAUACUGGUGCUGGAAGAAUCGACGACAAGCUCGUCAAGAAAAUCAUACUCUUACAAAAAGGGAACCAUGGGAAAAGGUGGCAUGAUGCAGAGGCCGCCAUCAUAUAGCGUGGAUGUGGAACCAACAAUGAUGCCAGUCCAGGCCAAGCAUAGCAGCACCUCAAAAUCAAUAAGCACAGAAACAAUCUCCCAAAAGUCCAAGAGAUCCAAGUCAAGAAAGAAAGGCAUGGGGAUGAUGGACAUGUUCACUGAGCAACCAACAAUAGCACCCACUCCCAUGCCGGUGCCACCGCAUCCCAUGACGGUUCCACCCCAAACUCCAAAACCAACCACGCCGCCGUUUUCUUGCAUGGUCGAUGCGUCCGGCAAUGCUGGAGCAACUCUCGGGGAUACCACGCUUUAUGAUUUCUUUUAUCAGCUGGAAGUGUCGCCUGGAAUGACUGCUGAGCAAGUCGACGACAACCUGCUGGGUGAUGUGGAAGUAGCCAUGGCAAAUGCUCUCAUCCCGGAUCUCUUUCCCAAAGAAUGCGGUGACACUAGCCGACGGUUGCAAUUGCAACUGAAUGCAGUGUUUGCCACCACUGGACGUUAUGCUGGCAUAAGUACAACGCCCCCCGACUUUGUUCUCGAUGGAUUUUCGUGCAGUGGUAGUUACAUUGAGCCAUGCUAUGUGGUCGCGGGCGCAUUGACAAUCUACUCGUUGGGGCUAUCAGAAGAGCAAAUAACAGUGGAUGUAGGCUUGGGCAUUCAACAGCUUUUCUUCAGCAAUCGACUGGCAGACAUUUCCGAAGACAUUGUCGGCAGCACCUUACUGGACAAUGAUCUCAAUCCCGUCACUCCUCCUCCCAUGCCAACCACGCCACAACCUACAAUGAUUGCAACACAGGAACCCACAGCGGAACCAACUCAAGUCCCCACGGCACAACCCACACCUGAGCCUGUUCCACCAACAAUUACACCAACUGUGGCCACUAGUCCUCCAACAAUAUCACCCACACAAGGGACAAACCCUCCUACCUUAUUUCCAACUUCAGUCCCAGACACACAGGAGCCAACACCGGUAAUAGACCCACAAGCGCCGACUCUACAACCUACUUUGUCCAACUUCCCAACCAUGGGCACACCGGCGCCAUCUGUCAUCGGAACUCCACAACCAAGUAUUACGAGCACACAACUUCCAACGUCUGGUGGAACAUCAGUUCCAACGUCUGGUGGAACAUCAGUUCCAACGACGCUUCCGACACCUCCAGUGCCAACAACACCUGUUCCGACUUUGACACCGACAACCUCCUUUUCACCCACGAUGUCGCCGGCACCGACGACAAACAGCACUGAGGUUCCAACCGCAGUCCCAACGAUCGCGACAAUGGUACCCAGUGCAGGGGAAUCUGAAGAAGAUGGGGGCACUCCAGUCUUCCCCUUGUGGGCUUGGAUUGUGCUCGGCGUUGGUCUUGCAGUGCUUUGUAUGAUUUGCCUCUUCCUUAAUCGUGCGCAGGGCCAUGUCGUUCUGGAUGAAGGCGGCGGUAAGGAUGACAAACUCGGCGGAUAUCAACAAACACAGUCUCAAUUCUCCAACGAUGAUUUAGAACCCGCCUAUGAACCGCCAUCGUACCCCGUUACGCAACCCAUGCAACCGACACCACCUGCCGAGCAGCCGAACCCGUAUCUUCAGGGAACGUACAAUACAAUCCCACCUACUACGACAAUUCAACCGGUCCAAACCGAAACGUACAGCGACUCUGAGGCUGACAACGACGAAGGCAAGGACGGCGAUAUUCCACCAGACAUUGCACUCGACCCCGAACAAGGGAGCCUUGUUGACAAUGAAGAAUACGAAAACGAGGAGUACGAAGAGGAAGACGACGAAGAAGAAGAAGAAGAAGAAGAAGAGGAUGACGAGGAGGAGGAGGAGGAGGAGGAGGAGGACGAGGAGGAGGAGGAAGAUGACGAGGAAGAAGAGGAGGGGGGGGAGGAAGAAGAAGAAAGCGAGGAUGAAGGCGGAACAAUCCUCGGUGAAUUCCAGGUCGUUGAGGUUGCUGGAUUUCAAACUGAAGACGACGACGACGACGACGAAGAAGAAGAAGAAGAAGAAGAGAGUGAAGAAGCAAGUGGAGAAGUCGAAAGUGGCGACGAAGAGGAAUACGAGGAGGGGGAGGAAGAAGAGGAAGAAUAUGAGGAGGAAGAAGGAGAAGAAGAGGAGGAGGAGGAGGAAGAAGAAGAAGAGGAGGAGGAAGAAGAAGAGGAGGAGGAGGAGGAGGAAGAGGAGGAGGAAGAAGAAACAGAAGCAGAAGGGGAAGAAGUGGAGGGAGAGGAGGGAGAGGAGGAAGAUGAAACAGAAGCUGAAGAGGGGGCAGCGGAAGAAGCCGUAGAAGAAGAGGAAGUCGAUGAAGACGAUGAGGGCUCCAGCGAUUACGACGAGGAGACCUACAUUGAAGAGGGAGAAGAAAGUUCCUACGACGAGGAAUCCUAUGGCGAGGCAAGCUACGAAGAAGAGAUUAUCGAAGACGACGACGAAGAGGGCGAGCAGUCCUGGUUGCAAGAACUUCAGGAAGCACAGGCAGGAAACUAUCCAAAGUAG